UGACACCCGAACCUGAAGCAGGCCAUGGUCAUCUUCUUCUUCCAGCUCCUCCUCUUUUUAAAACCCUAAAUAAAUAGGCUUUGAAGGGUUUAUCAGAAACUAAUUUUUUUAUUCAUAUAAUAAAUAAAUGAAACUGGGUUUUUCCACAGCAGAGAGCUAAAAACUUUUGUGUGUGUGUGUGUGAGCGAGACCAAGGAAGGAGGAAAAUGGGUCAGGCAUUUCGUCGAGCAUCUGGGAAAAUCCGUGCAUCUUCCAGCAUUGAUACGGGGUCGUCUGCACCGAAACCGACGAAGAGCGUCGUCAAUCGGCCGCCUCCUAUGGUUCCUACCAGCAAGGAUGGGAUCGCCGAGACUGCUGAGCGCGGGAAAGCUCUUGAUUCUGAUGAGGGAACCUCGAGAAGAAAUGCUGACAAUGUUCUUGAAGAAAGAGAUGUUAAAUACGACGCCAUGCUUAGUCAGAUGGCGGGUAGAAUUAGGACAAAGCCUGGAGGGAAGCUGGAAAUGGGUGAGGCAUUUGUGGUGGAAAAGUAUGAUAGACCGCUUCCAAAAAUCCGAAACACAAAACCGGAUUCUGACAGGUAUGAAGAAAGGCCUACUCCAGCUGGAACUCUAAAUGUAGCACAGCUUCGGCAUAUCAUACUUCUGCAUGAAGGGAAGGCUGAUGAUCAUGAUGGUCCUAUGAAUAUUCAUCAAAUUGCCAAAAAAUUCCAAGUUGAUGUUACACAGGUUGAAAGGAUCUUGCAGUUCACAUCACUGCCUCCUCAGAAUGAUAGUAAAACGAAAAACAAUCGAUGAAGACCUGGCAGCUUUGGCUUACACUUCUGCACGACUAACAAGAUUUUCUUUUGAAUAAAGUAUUUGGAAUUUUAUUUCGUGAGUAUGCUAAGAUCAUCAUAUAGAAGAGUUAGACAGAAUCUAUGUUAGACAGAAUCUAUGUCUUACUAUUAACAUAUAGGAGAUUUUGUUUGACGAUUUCAUUUAUUCACGUUUUUCAGAAUCGAUAUAGCUCAACUUUUUUUGACCUGGCUGGACACAUCCACCAUCUAAACUUCGAUCGUUGUAAUUUAUCAAAUGGGUCAUCGAAAUUUUACACUUUCUUUCGAAGUA